UCUUUUCCGUUCAGAAUCAAAAUUCAUCGAGAGAGACAGAGAGAGAGAGAGAGAGAGAGAGCGAGAAUACUUAGGGAGCUGGUGCAGCAGGUAGGGAACUAUGAACGCCCCCGAUCGUUACGAGAGGUUCGUCGUCCCCGAAGGCACCAAGAAGGUUUCGUACGAGCGAGACACCAAGAUCAUCAACGCCGCUUCCUUCACCGUCGAGAGGGAAGACCACACCAUCGGCAACAUCCUUCGCAUGCAAUUGCACAGAGAUGAGAAUGUGCUCUUCGCUGGUUACAAGCUCCCUCACCCCCUGCAGUAUAAGAUCAUUGUCCGGGUGCACACUACAAGCCAGUCAUCGCCCAUGCAGGCGUAUAAUCAAGCUAUAAAUGAUCUUGACAAGGAACUUGAUCAUUUAAGGAAUGCUUUUGAGGCUGAGAUGGCUAAGCAUUCAAGGGACUACUGAGUUGCGUUUUGGGAACAGCUGUUUAUUCUUGCUUGCUUAUGUACUCAUAGGUGCUGGUGCUCUACUAGAAAGAUUCUUGCUUCAACGUAAUGGAUUCUCGGAGUUUUGUCCUUGGCAAAUUGGCAUUCACAGCUGUUUGGUUUUCUAGCUGAGGGUUCAAGCACCAUUGUUAUCGACCUAUUGUACUUAUCUUUGUCUAAUGAUUGCCAUCAACUAUGCAACAUUGCAGUCCAGUUUUUUUCUUUUGGUCAGAGCAGUCCAGUUGAAUAUAGUUAUAUGGUUUGCAUGAUCACUCAGGUCUCAAUUUAUGCCCUGCAUUGGGUUAUCUGCA